AUGACCGAACUUCUAAUUGGUAGCAACAUCAUCACAACUGAAGUUAACGAGGACGCUGACGACUCUGAUGAUGACGAUGAUGAUGACGAUGAUGAUGACGAUGAUGACGAUGAUGACGAUGAUGACGAUGAUGACGAUGAUGACGACGAGGACGAGACACCAAAAUCAGGCAAGAGGAAGGGUCCAACUACAUCUAACAAGAGCCAACCGAAACAACCCAGGAGACAGGCAGCAAAGAAGCCAGCAGCAAAGAAGCCAGCAGCAAAGAAGCCAGCAGCAAAGAAGCCAAUGUCACAUGGAAUCACAGCCGCUGCACCAAUCUGUGAUGUUGCCAAUUUACAAGAUGUCGAUUACUUAUUGGACAAGGAUGACCUCAAUUCCCUGCAGAAGACAGGGAUACACAGACUAUUGAGAGCCAUCGCCCCGUAUUUAUCUAGAACAAGUCAAAACAGCAACAAGAUAUAUGUGUGA